AUGAAAGGCCAAUUGAGCACCAUCGCUCUGUUCUUGUCGUGCGUUUUGGGGGCAUCGCUUCCGGUCAAACUUCAUAUAAAGCGCGAGGUCGACUCGAGCUUGGCCAACAUUCACGUCACAUACCACGAAGAUGUCGACUCAGAGGUGGUCUUCACGUAUGGUCCUUGCAAUGCCAACACACCAGGAGAAGCUCACCAUCUCGUCGGCCGAGCAAGGCAUUGCAAUCAUGACAGACUGCUCUGGAAGAUUCCCGAGUUCACACCAGCGGGGCUAUGCCUUUCAGCGUGGGACAGCAAGCAGGGUCUGAUCGGCAGAAGUACACCGGUGUCAAUGGUUUCUAAUGCCAAAACGACCCGUCGCCGUCUCAAAAAAAGACAAAGCGACUUCUCAAUUGCCAUGGACAACUCGAGUGGCAUCGACGCCGAAGGACCGUGGUUCGACGGCGUGGCUCUGUUGAAGGACAAGGAGAUCAGUGUUGUCGACGUUCGCACUGCCAAAUCCAAAGAGAUAGCCAUUGUAGGUGGCGGUAUGGCUGGACUCAUGACGUGGCUGGCACUCAACCAGUCAGGAAUGACCAACCUGUCCAUCAUCGAAGCUGGCCAACGCCUCGGCGGCCGCGUCCACACUGCGUACUUUGGCGAUCCAAGCGAGCGGCAAUACCAGGAGAUGGGCCCAAUGCGGUUUCCCUUGUCCAUCACGUCCUCUGAGACCAACGAGACACUUCAAAUCCAAGACCACCGCAUUGUCUUUGACCUGGCGGCCGAAGUGAACAGGCUGAAUCACAACAACACCAACUUCACCGUGGACUUUAUCAAAUGGUAUCAAAGCAGCCCGAACGGCCUGUAUUACGUCCGGGGUUCGCGGUUGCCCAACGGCAAGAGUCCUACGGUCUCGCAAGUCAAAGCGAACGCCAGUCUGGCCGGGCCAUCGACGUCUGAGGACGAUCCGCGCCUAGACGCCCUCAAUACCCGCAUCGACGACCUUUUGAGCAACGAAGACUUUCUCACCCAAAUGGCGAAGAACGUCUACCGCGCACACAAGACGUUCCUGGACUCCGGACUUGGUGGCAUCGGCGGCGACGAUUGGUCCGAGUUUGGAUACGUGCACAACUAUCUCAAGUACCACCUGAACGAGACCUUCGUGGCGUUGGAUGGGUCGGGUGCCUUGAGUUUCUGGGACAGCUUGUAUGAGAACAUGUACUUUUCCGCGACGGACUGGCGGACCAUCGACGGUGGUUUGAGCCGUUUGCCCUCUGCUUUCCACCCUUUGGUCGACGGUGUGACGUACAUGAACCGCAAGGUCCAGCGUAUCGACUACAAUGAAUCGACGGAGAGGGUAACGUUGCAGUGGAAGAACAAGCCGCUGGACAGGGUCUGGCAGAACGCGUCGUACGAUUUGGCUGUUGUCACCGCACCCUUGGCCUUGGUGCGCACAUGGCGCCUCCCGGAAUUUAGCGAUUUGUUGCAGACGGCAAUUGAUACGUAUCCUUACGAUCAGGUGUGCAAGGUUGCGCUACAGUUCAAGACACGCUUCUGGGAGCACUUUGCCCUGCCAAUCUAUGGGAGCUGCAGUACAACAACAGACAUCCCAGGGAUCGGAAGCAUUUGCUACCCCAGCUACGACAUCAACAGCACCGGGAUGGGAGUCAUGCUAGCGAGCUACUCGUCGAGCGACAGUGGGUUGCGGUGGGCAAGCACGCCGGAAGAUGUACAUGUUCAAUACGUUGUUGACGCGAUGGCUGAAAUCCACGGGGACGUCGUAUAUGACCAGUAUACUGGCAACUAUAACCGGCGAUGUUGGGUACUGGACCAGUAUGAAACGAUCAGUUGGGCAAGCCCGACUGCGGGAAUGAGGAAGGCCUUUAUCCCAGAGUUCUUCAAGACACAGAAAGGCGUGGUCUUGAGUGGUGAGGGAACAAGCUAUACAAGCUCGUGGAUUGCCAGCGCUCUGGAGAGUGGGGUGCGUGCUGCCACACAGGUAUUGCUGGAGCUUGGGCUCGUUGAUGAAGCAAAGGAUGUGGUCAAUAAGUGGAUGGCAAGAUGGAUCGAUGUGUAA